CAAGCAUGUUGUGUAUACUAGAAAUGUCCAUGCUGAACUGUAUGGAAACAGUCAUUUGAAAAUUUGUAUGAAAGUCCUCCAUAUAACGAAUCAAGGAUCUAGCCAGAAGAACCGGCUUCAACGGACAUUUUAACGUGCGUAACUAACGGUUGUUCGUAUUUUCCGAGGACGAUAAAAAGAAAAAAACAGCCAUUCUUUUGACUUUACCUGCCAGCCACCAUGAAGAUCAAGCGACAGAAACAAGCCAAGAAAACCAUAAGUUUCUACAAAUACAACUUCAGCUUCAGGGAACCCUUCCAGAUCCUCAUCGACGGCACUUUCUGCCAGGCGGCUUUGAAAAACAAGAUUCAGAUCAAAGAGCAAAUGCCCAAAUACCUGAUGGGGGAGGUGCAGCUGUGCACGACAAACUGCGCGCUGAAAGAACUGGAGACUCUGGGAAAAGAGCUGUACGGAGCCAAAAUCAUCCUGCAGCGGUAUCAGGUGAGGAGAUGUCCGCACUUCAAGAGCCCUGUCCCGGCCUCAGAGUGUCUGCUGUCCAUGCUGGAGGAGACGAACCCACACCACUACUUUGUUGCUACGCAGGACCACACAGUCACCGCAGGCCUGAAGAAGAUUCCUGGCGUUCCUCUGCUCUACAUCAUCUCCAACACCAUUGUGCUGGACAAGCCCUGCCAGACGUCCCUGGACCACGUCCAGGCCGUCCAGCUGGGAGAGCUGGUCAGCCCGGCCCAGCAGCAGAGCAUCCGUAGCCUGAAGGAGGAGCAGGGCAUUGCCCACAAGGACGGAGAGAGGCGGGGGAAGAAGAGGAAGAGGAAACAGAGCCAUCCUAACCCUCUGAGCUGCCUGAAGAAGAAGAAGAAAGGCGUUCCGACACCACCGAAGAAGACGGAGCAGGGGGAGAAGAGGAAAAGAAGUCGACACAAGAAACACAGAGACAACACGUCCACUCCUGCUGUUACAAAUACAUAGUACAGCCGGAAGACAGAGACUUCGCCAUUUUGUUUCUUGCAUACAUAUUUGAACAUGUCAAAGAUGUUCAGGAUUAAUAUAACCUCAAUCCAAAAUAAUUUAAAUGUGCACAUUCACUUCUGGUCUGAUGCAGUCCUGAUGUUACCACAUAGAAUAAAUCAGUGUUUAUUACACAAAAUACCAUUUGAAAAUACUGGUUAUCGUAUUUGUUUUAUUUUGAAAAAUUCUGUAACAGUUUCCAGCACUCAGGACUUACAGGCAGGGGACCGAAACUGUUCACAAACAUACCAAUACUUCAACAUUUUUUAAAUUGAGAUUUGCCUCAGCUUUUAUAUAAAAUAAAAAAGCAGGUUUACAGGCACAUAGUUUAAAUUUUAAGAUGCACUCAGACAUGAUAUACAUAUGAUGCAUUCAGGUGUCUUUGCAGAAGCACGAGGAAGAAGUGUGGUCACAGCGGCUUGGUGGUCUGCUUGUUUUUACUGUAUGUUGUGUGAUUUUUGAUAUCUGCUAAAUUCAGCCUGUAGUUUAGAGUCCAAACCACGACAUUGACAUCAAAUAUGUCCAUUGAGACCUCACUUGAUUAUCUUAUCCACUCAUUCCAUCAAUAAAUGAACACUGAACAGAGAGUCUACUGGAUUGACACUGCUAGAAGUCACAGAAAUAAAAAAUGGUUUCUGGAGGAAGUCCACCCAUAUAAAAUAUUUCAGGACAGAACAUGCAAGUAUGGCUGACCACUGAUGUUUACAUCAUCUAUAGGUUAAAAUUCUGAAUCUCUUUUUAUAAGCUGUGUCCCAAUUCCACAGUCCAGACUAAUUAACUUAUUAGUAUGUACUAAUCUUAUAUAGCUUUUGCAGUUUAAAUAAAAGAAGUCACUAUACAGAUGAUACCUGUUCUCAUCAUUACUCUUAGAUAUAACCCCGAUUCCAAUAUCCCAUGUGAUAACUUGGUAUUCCUUUAGUCGGUGCUUUUUAGUAAGCAUGCUAAUUGUUUUGUGCAUACUUUGUCACUUUUCCAGUUUGAGCUCAGCACACUACAAACUCAAAUCCUGCUUGAAUAUGAAUGUGCAGUAUGGAUUUGAUACACAACUUUAGUUUUGCUGACUGUGAAGUGGAAACGGUCCAUAAUGCAAGCAAAGCAUUUUCAAAAACAACAAGUUUGGAGUUUGUAAUGCUUAAAAUGGGACACUACGGUUGUAUAAUGAUUAACUGCUGGUUGAGUCCGCACAUCACUACUGUAGUAACCUUAAAUGUCCUCUUGCAGAGACUGGAUAUAGUGCAUGCUCCUUUUGGCUAAAGUCAGUGUAUACGAGAACCGUCAGAUGAGAACUUUUUCUUGCAGUAGUGGGACAGAUGAGCCUCAGAGUAACAUGGUUGAUUGAGUUCUCAAUGUGUAAACACACAGUUGUCUCCCACUGUAAACAUCUUAAAAAUAGAUCCCUUUUAACUUUGGUGCCGAUGUAACACAACAGUGUUUUAUCAUGCUUUGUUACUGACAUCUGCAUGGAAAAAGUCCAAAAAUGAGAAUACAGAA